GUAACUUUGAGCAGUCCAACGAGGAGCUCAGAACCAUCAUCAAAAAAAUCUGGAAGCGAACGAGUAUGAAACUUUUGGACCAGGUGAUCCCACCUAUUGGAGAUGACGAGGUGACAGUGGGCAAGUUCUAUGCCACUUUCCUCAUCCAAGAGCAUUUCAGGAAGUUCAUGAAGCGCCAGGAGGAGUAUUAUGGGUACCGGCCGAAGAAGAACCCUGUGGAGAUCCAGGCUGGGCUGAGGAGCAUUGAAGAAGAAGCUGCUCCUGAAAUCCAUCGAGCCAUCUCUGGGGACCUGACUGCUGAGGAGGAGCUGGAAAGAGCAAUGGUGGAGGCUGCUAUGGAGGAAGGGAUAUACAGGAGAACCGGUGGCCUGUUUGGCCAGGUGGACAGCUUCCUGGAGCCCAGCAGCCCCUUGCAGCCCCACAUGGCCAGCCAGAGGCCCCUGCAGUUCACGGAGGUGGGCAGUGAGGACCUCGACUCCCCCGUCUUCCUUGAUGACUUCCCCCAGGAAGGCAACACCAACACCAACAACGCCAACAGCCGUGCCCCUCCUGGUCUGCCCUCGGCUGCAUUCCUUGGGAUGGUGUAUGAGGACGAGGUGCUGAGGAAGACGGUGCCAGCAGCACCCAGGCGUCCCGCGCAGGAGCAAAGUCACCCCUUACCCAUGGAGAGGCUGCGACGGAGGCUGAGCAGGAGGCAAGGGGCCACCUCUGAGGGCCACCCAUCAUCAGGACUGCACCUUCACCCCCAGGAGGUGCCCCAAGAGGACGGCACAGUGAUGGGAAUGGCAACGGCAACCGGAUCAGAACAGCAGCAGGGUGCAAGCAGUGACCCAAGCACAUCCUCCACCCCCGCCAUCACCUUCCUCAUUCGGGAG